GUGUGUGCAUUCACGACGGCACACAUCUCUUUUACAGUAUCAGAAUAAUACCAUGAAGAAGUUGUAGUCAAAAAUAUUAAAGAGUAAUUGAAAAGAAUAGUAUCUGCUACAUGCUGGACAAUGAACUUAUACUGAGGUGUGUUACUAGAGCAUUGUCUUCUAUGGAUUAGGUUAAAUCAAAUAUGUGUGCAUGAGUUUUUGAGAGUCUCAAGUAAAAUGAACAGUACUGAUCAAUCAUUUUAGUCACCGUAAUUACUGCCCAUAUUAGCCAAUGUAUAAAAUUAUGUGAUUAUUUUACUUAGGAGCCUCCGUUGUGGACUCUGAGGAGAUGGGCUCACGUCAUUGUGUGGCAAUUGUGCCCUCUAGCGGCUCAAUGACAGAAUCAUAAAAAAUAUGCAAGAGCGGGUGUUAUCUUUGGAUCUCACACACAAUUAACGGUACACUGGGAACUACAGUAUAGGUCCUUGGAAAUGUCAGGGGUCGCCAAGAAACGAUUGCCAGCCUACAGGACGUAUCGAGGAGUAUACAAUAAAAAUAGCUAAUUCACACUCACUGCAGCUUCGCUUUCCAGUACCGGAGGUUCCCUCUUGGAUCUGCAUCCUGCUCUCCUCAUUUGCUCCCUCUGCUCGACUGGUCCUGCUGCGUUCAGUGUCUGCUCGUCCUUUUGGAGAAAUGGCUGCGACCGUGACACUAAACACCGGUGCAAAAAUGCCCAUUGUGGGACUGGGCACAUGGAAGUCUCCCCCUGGCAAGGUCACAGAGGCGGUGAAAGCAGCCAUCUCAGCAGGCUACAGGCACAUCGAUGGAGCGUAUGUCUACCAGAACGAGGCGGAGGUGGGAGAUGGCGUUCAGGCCAUGAUCAAGGAUGGCGUGGUGAAGCGAGAGGAUCUCUUCAUUGUUAGCAAGCUGUGGUGCACUUUUCAUGAGAAGUCUCUGGUGAGGCAAGGCUGCGAGAAGACCCUCAGUGAUCUUAAACUGGACUACCUAGACCUCUAUCUAGUGCACUGGCCCAUGGGUUUCAAGGCUGGCAGUGAGCUUUUUCCUCUGGACAGCGCUGGAGGGACGAUCAGCGAUAAUACUCACUUCCUGGAGACAUGGGAGGGAAUGGAAGAGCUGGUGGAUGCUGGUUUGGUCAAAGCUGUCGGCGUCUCCAACUUCAACAUUGAGCAGAUUGAAGCCAUUCUCAACAAGCCAGGCCUCAAAUACAAGCCUGCCACCAACCAGGUGGAGUGCCACCCGUACCAGACUCAGGAGAAGCUGGUCUCCUUCUGCCAGUCUCACGGCAUCUCCGUGACAGCCUACAGCCCCCUGGGCUCCCCUGACAGACCCUGGGCUAAACCUGAAGACCCCUCACUGCUGGAAGAUCCCAACAUUAAAGUCAUUGCUGAGAAGCACAAUAAGUCACCUGCUCAGGUCCUGAUCCGCUUCCACAUCCAGAGGAACGUGAUCGUGAUCCCCAAGUCGAUCACACCUCAGCGCAUUAAGGAGAAUUUCCAGGUGUUUGACUUUGAACUAUCUGGGGAGGAAAUGAAGACUAUAGUAGGAUUUAACAGGAACUGGAGAGUCUGUCCCAUGCAAUUGAGCAAGAAGCACAAGGACCAUCCAUUCAGUGAUGAAUUCUGAAAAGCAGAUUUCUCCACAGGUUUACAGUGGGUACUGGAGUUUGCAUCUCCAUCCUCUAAGCUGCUCACCCCGGUAUGCUUCAGUGCAGUUUGCUAAAUAAAUGUGGCCUUGUAUCAGAUUUCUAUUUUCAUGUUCCAGUUCUUAGGAUAAAUAUUGGCUUCUUUAGUGAUCUAUUUUGUCUCCACGAAAACCAGUUUAACGCAUUAAAUACUUCUUUAAAUCCCAAUUUACACAUUAUGACCAUUGGGUAUGAGUGUUGCACUAGUAUAAUUGAGUGUUCAUGUCUUGUUCUGUUGUCAGCCAGCAGACAAGUUUCUUUGCUCGCUUGAUUAUUUAGAUUUUUCUUUUCCUUUUCUUGCCAAUUCUUAGUGGAGAGUAAAUUCUAUGGCAUUACUUUGUGGCCACUGACAUUUAAAGUAACUACAUAACCUAAAUGUGUGCCACAUUCACUACAGAUUAACUCAUUUUCAAGUGUGUAACACUUUGUUUUAUUUCUAGUUUUACAUGUUUGUCGUAGCACAUGUAUGAGGAAGAAAAGUUGUAAAUGUGUUAACGGUGAUUUUUUUCAUAGCCCAAAUGUGAUUAUACUUCAAAGCACUUAACUAACUCUGUUUUUCCAUCAUGUCAGCAGCACUUGUGCCUAUAAUUAUAGAAAUUCUAAUUUGCCUAUAAUGUGAUUGGCAAUAAUAAAACACUGAUUUAAUCUGUCACCUGA